CGCAAGAAGUCCUGUAUCGGGGGCGCAGCACAGGGCUGGACUGAGGGAACGGGCGAUGACCGUUACACACGGUGCUGCCUGUUUCAGAAUGGAUCUGGCCUCACAUCAGGCCAGCCCCUUCAAGGCCCCCAGUCCCAGGAUCAGGUUUCCUUGGUGCUCAAGAGUCUCGUCCAAUCAGAGUGUUCAGGCAGAAGCGAGAGGCGGGGCAGGAGGCAGGGCCAGAGGCAUGGGAGGAGUCGGCGUGCUCUUGACGUGGGUUCUGAUUGGCUGGGGAGAGGUCACAUGCCUGGACUGGGACCCCGUCCCUCGCAAGACGGUCAAGCACAGCGGGCUGCACGGCGUGCGGCGUUUCUGGGCAGAUGGGGUGUGGAACUACAGCACCUUGAUGCUGGCGGAGGGAGCAGGACUGCUGUAUGUGGGCGCAAGGGAGGCGCUGUUUGCCCUGGACUUGAGUGACAUCACCCGGGAGGUCAAGCCCUCUAUCAAGUGGCCUGCUCUGAAAAAGUCGGAGUGUGCUCAGAAGGGCAAAAACAACCAGACGGAGUGCUUUAACUACAUCCGUUUCCUGCAGAGCUACAACCGGACUCACUUGUACACCUGUGGCACCUACGCCUUCCAGCCCAAGUGCACCUAUAUUGACUCGACCGAUUUCUCCCUCGACAGCACCGCCCUGGAGGAUGGGAAGGGGAAGUGUCCGUUCGACCCUGUCAAGGGCCACACGGGCCUGAUUGUAGAUAAGGAGCUGUACUCCGCCACCCUCAACAACUUCCUGGGCACAGAGCCAGUGAUCCUGCGCAAUCUGGGGCAGCACUACUCCAUGAAGACUGAGUACCUGCCCACCUGGCUGAACGAGCCGGACUUUGUGGGCUCGUCGUUUGUGCGAGAGAGCAGCGGCAGUGAGAUCGGGGACGACGACAAAAUCUACUUCUUCUUCAGCGAGCGUACCGUGGGACUGGACUGUGAAAACGAGCUCACGGUCUCCCGCGUCGCCCGGGUCUGCAAGGGCGAUGUGGGCGGGGCACGGACCCUCCAAAAGAAGUGGACGUCGUUCCAGAAGGCCCGACUGGUGUGCUCGCUGCCUGAGCGUCACGUGACCUUCAACACGUUGCGGGCUGUCUACACUCUGACCGCCGCCGACUGGCGCAACACCGCCUUCUACGCCAUUUUCCACGCGCAGUGGGGCGAUGUGGACGUGUCCGCCGUGUGUCAGUACCAGAUCGGCGAUGUGCAGCGGGUUUUUGACGGGCCCUUCAAGGAGUACAGGGAGGCGGCGCAGAAGUGGGGGCGCUAUUCGGGCCAGGUCCCCACCCCUCGGCCUGGAUCGUGCAUCACCCGCUGGCACCGCGAAAACGGCUACAACAGCUCCCUGCUGCUGCCCGACGCCACGCUCAACUUCGCCAAGAGGCACCCGCUGAUGGACGAGCGUGCCCAGGCCCGCCCCCUGCUGCUCAAGAAGGGCGUCAACUUCACCCAGCUGGCCGUGGACCGCGUGGCCGCGCUGGACCAGCGCCGUUACAACGUGCUCUUCAUCGGCACCGCGGAGGGGUGGUUGUACAAGGCGGUCAGCCUGGGAUCAGAUGUCCACGUCAUCGAGGAAGUCCAGCUCUUUGACACUCCGCAGCCUGUUGAGAGCCUGAUCAUUUCGCACAAGGAGAAGUCGCUGUACGUGGGCUCUCGCUCCCAGGUGGUGCAGGUGCCCUUGGCCAACUGUGGGCGUUACAGCUCCCUCCCCGAUUGCCUGCUGUCCCGGGAUCCUUACUGCGCCUGGGACAACGAGAAGCGCGCUUGUGUCCGCACUGACCAGCAUCAUGGGCCCUCCCUGAAGCAGGACAUCAUGCUGGAGAGCUUCAUCCGAGGAAGAGCCAAGUUUGACUCCAGCCCCAUCCCCAGCCCAGAGCACUCCAGGACCGGGAACGUCACCGUGGUGGUGGGCUCGGACCUGGUGCUGCCGUGCCAGCUGGUCUCCAACGUGGCCCACGCCGUCUGGCUGUUUAACGACCGGGAGCUGGUCAUGGGCGGCGGGGACGACUUCGGCGUGCGCUUCGACCCCGCGCUGCGGGCGCUGGUGAUCAGGGGCGUGGGGCCCGCCCAGGCCGGCCGCUACGUCUGCUUCUCGGAGGAGCAGGGGGUGAAGUUCCUGACAGAGCGCUACCAGGUGGCCGUGGUGGCCAGCGCGCCCGUGUUCAUGGAGGCGCGGGCCCCGGACGGGGGGAUGGGGCUGUUCUGGGUGCUGGUGAUCACGCUGGGCGCCGCCUGCCUGUUCCUGCUAGGCGUGGCCCUGUAUCUGCGGCGGCGGCUCAAGCUCACCCUGGGGAAGAGCGCGGAGAUGAAACCCCUGGAGAGCACGCUGGUGUACCCCAUCUCCCUCCCCAAGGAGCCCCCCAACUUCAUCCCCAGCAAGAUGGCGGGAGACCCCGACGAUAAAUUCUGGGAGACGGGCAACUUCUACUAUUCGGACGGCUCUCUGAAGAUCGUGCCCGGCCACGCCCUCUGCUCCAGCGCGAGCUCCAGCUCCCCCAGCGCCAUCCCGGGCCAGCCCCUCCACUCGCCCAGCCGGCUCAGCCUGGGCAACAUCCGCGGCUCGGGCAGCAACGGCUACAUCCGCCUGAACCUCGGCUCGGCCGGC